AUGACUAGUCAAGCUGCUCCAGAGGGGCCGAACGACGAUGACAACGACCUGAUCGAAAAGCUGGACAAGAUCAACUUGUCGGCUGAUGUUGCUGACGACGAUGAACAGGAGGAGAACGAGGACAAGAACGGACAGGAGAUAGUGGAUCUAGUAUCAAACAGUUCUGACUACUCGGACACGUCUGAUGAGCCUUUGCCAAAGAAAACCUCAUUUCCUGCUUGGGUGGUCGACACAGUCCACCUAGAAAAGCUCGAUGCUGAUGAACAUGAAUUGCUACUGCAUCUUCUUGAAAGACAUCGUAUCAAAUUCAACACAUCAUCGCCCUCCUGGUUGCCUAGCAUUCCUCAAACCACACCUAGUGACAACCAAGACAACGAUUCAUUACCUCCCAUACCUGUUGUCGCAUCAGUAGAACUGUGUCGUAUUGCUAACUAUCCCAUCGAACAGUCUACAAUCGAACGAAUAGUAGACUCUCAUGCUUGGUUGAACGAUGAAGCGAUCAACGCUUAUCUAUCGAUACUGCAGACUCGCAACACUGGCAUAGAUAUAGAAGACAUGGUUGUAUCCUAUUAUGAUUCAAUCCCAGGCGGGUCGAAAGCUGCACCCCAUAUCUUGAAGCCCAUAUUACAUUACUUGGUUGAAGAAGCUAAACUCAAGGCUCCUUCGACUGAAAAGUACACUAUCAAAUCCAAUUGGCUUCUUGUUUCAACACUCACCCACAAGCAGCAGGACUACAAUUCAUGUGGAGUUUUCACGUUGGCUUUUGCUAAACGCUUUUGUCUAUCUGAAGACUUCUCAGGAUUCGCACAAGGGAGCGUAAACGAGCUGCGGGAGAAGAUUGCUUUUUCUCUUCUCUCGCCGAUAAUACCCAAGAUGCAUUCGUCUCGACGAAAUGUCCUUUUCUGCAAAAAGUGCAUUCGAUGGACGAGAGACGUCAUACGUCGGUCAUCCACGCUGGCAACAUCGCCAAGCGCAUCCGUUCUGUCUAAACGCAGCAAAAAGAUAUUCGGAAUGUGCGCCAGACUUGUGCUGGUCCAAACAUUUGUCGUGGUGCCAUUGCUGAUAUUUGAAGACUCAUACCUGCUUAGUCCCCAAAGGAGGGCAUAUUCCAGUACUUGCACUAGUAAUAGUAAAAGUUUGAAUGCUAGUACUAGUCAGAGUACUCACCAGCUGAAAGAACUCCAAAUUGAAGAGGAUACUACUCUAGUUAGCAAGGAGUUAGCGGCACCUAGCAGUAGUCGUAGUGAACCAACACAAAGAUAUGAACUAGCUCUAAUGAAACCGAAUCCGGAGAAGUCAUUGACCGACACACAGCGCCAAGUGUUGGCCCAGAGCAUACUCAACGAUUACUUUGCCCAGAAGCACAUCUCUUCGAUCAUAAGCGUAGAUAUGGUUAAACAUGCUUUUAGCUUGAUACGAAGUAAUGGUCUGGAUCAAGCUUUGGAUCACAUAAACAGUGCUGAUGGGUGUCUAGCUGCUUUAGAUAUGGUAAACCACGUACACAAACAGAGAAAGGCUAAAGUCGCCCAACGUUUAUCCAACACGCUGGUUUAUAAAUUAUGUCAAUAUAGCUUGCUACGAGAAGCUCUAGGCUAUGCCACGUAUGACUUUGCGAAACGGGAGUCUGAAGGUUCAUGGGAUCAUAGUGCAAUAAUUCUGUCAUUAGCUCAUGGAUUUGAAAAUGCAGGACAUAGUAUCACUGGAUUACAAUUUAGAGCACUAUUAAAUCGACAUGAACGAGUCGCUGCAGAGUUUAAAACCAUUGCAGCCAAAGCUAGACAAUGUCUCGACAAGUCAGAGUCUCUCCGACAACAGGUGUUGACGGGAAACGGCCUGACGUUGUCUGAUGUCCAUCAGAAUAUGGCCAACUCUAUAAAUGCUGAUUCCUAUGACGGACUGAUUGAGAGUAUAGAUGCUCUCAAGUCUCAAAAGCUAAAACCCAAUGCAGAUACUUUUGAACUCACUAUGGAUGCAUUUAGCAAUCUAAAUCAGCAUGAAACGAAUCUACAGCUAUAUCGACGUGCAAUAGAGUGGGGUAUAACACCUACUCCGAAACUACAGCAGUCAGUUAUACAAGCCUGUCUUCGACUGAAUCAGGUCGAAGCUGCCAUGGACCUGUUUGCAGCCGCCCGAGUCAACCCUUCGGAGCCACCAUACUUCGCUAUAAUUCAUGGAUUGCAGCUGCUUGGACGAUAUAAUACAGUAAAAAAAUUAAAUUACGACAUGCAAUCUCGACGCAUACCACGAUCUCCACGUAUAUAUAGCAGUCUGAUUCAUGCUCAUCAUCGUGCUCAUCAGUACAAAGCAGCUGUAGAUUGCUUUACGGAAGCCAGAAAUGAAGGCCUCGUGGACUCGCUCGUAUACAGUGCCAUUAUGUCGUGUCUCGUCAAUUCUGGUGAGGUAUCAAAAGCUUACAGUGUAUGGGAUGAUCUAGUAGCCAGCGAUAUUCCUAUAAGUGAUACUCACAUUGCCGCCAUGGUGAUCGGACUUCUUCGAUUGAAAAGGAUUGGUGAAGCCAGAGAGUUUGUAGCAGAGUGUACUGCAAAAGGUCGUGAUGUCGGGGAUAAGACCAUGUCCAACAUGCUCAGAUCUGUCAUACAUCAUGGUCAAUAUGAUAGGGCACGAGACAUGAUGAAGUCUAUGAUGACUGAGAGUGCACAAGUGUCGAGAUGGAUUGAUCCAUUUGUAGUGCACAGAGAACAAAGGACGGCUAGUAGUGAACACAGCAAAACCGUUAAACCAUCUCCUUUGCUCUCGAUGACGUCUCAGCUUUGGACAACGUAUUUAGAUUUAGCAAUAGGCAGUGGUGCUAAACCGAGCCCGGAAUAUACCGCCAAAAUGACACACGCCAUGAAGGUGUUUUCUACCCAUCUGUGUCAAAUCGCUAAUGUAUACAAUAUGCAGGUCCAACGGACGCAGUUUGUCAAUCUUCAGUUGGUCGAAGCUUGGACGGCUAUAAAAAGGUUACAAGGAACUGCAGAGAGAUUGGUUGACUUUAGAGCAAGCUUGCGGGAGGAACAAGCUGGACGCAGUGGCGAAGCUGGACGCAGCGGUAGAUAUCCUGGCUGGGUUAGAAACAAUUAUGGCAAAGUACAUGGUGCACUGGAUCAGACAUUGUCUAGCAGAAUGGAUGUAAUGUCUAAACUGGUCUUGACGGGGCUGCAACGUGAUGAAUCAGCUCUAGCUACACCCAAUCUUGGCACUAUCCGCAAAACGAUAGUAGACUCCCCACCGACUGAACGUAUUGGUCGUGUCCACGACCUUGAGCUGGCUGUGCCAAACACUUGCAAAGGCUCGUUGCUCGGUCUGGUAGAAUAUCCUCAUAGUCUUAAUAUGUAUGCAUAG